AAAAAAAAAAAAAAAAACUCAACUUUGAAAUUACCAUCAAACAUGGCAGCCGCAGUUUGUCAUGUUUCUUUCCAAAUUUAAAACCCAGAUAAUAAGGUAAGUUAUUGGGGGUUUUAUUAUAAAUUGUUCAAAUCUCCAAAUUAAAAUUAUCGUCUUUCUGCCCUCCUUUUCCCGGGAAAUACACAGGGAUGUGCUCUCUGGGGGGCUAAGCUAAACUUCUCCGGGAGUGUAUAGUGGAUCCGCCACUUUCCAGCACUUCUUUAGCUUCGCAUGUUCGUCUUCCAACGUUCCUGCUAUUAGGAAGAAGGAACAGAGAAGAGAGCUUUGAGGCAGAUGGAGGGAAUAAUCAAAAAGUAUCAGCAAAAAUUCAGAAAGGCCAAGGAAGAGAUGGGUCGGUGGGAUGAGUUACAGUCUCGAUUGCUUUCCCAAUUCUCCAGUGCUUCAGCCAUCAUACAAAGGCUGCAGGUUCUUCAAAAUUCAAAAAACUAUGGGGCACUGACUUGUGUUCAGGGCAUUGAAGAUUCUGUCCUGGCAAAGCAAAUGGAAUCUUUGCAAGUAAUUUUGCUAGGCAUGAACAAGACUUUGGAAGAUUUUUGUGGUGUUUGCACAACUUUGGAGAAAAUGGCUCGUGAUGGUGCACAACUUAUUAAAGGGGGUUCAAGUAUUAGUUCAGCAAAACAGCAGCAGCAAGGAGUUGGCAUUAAACCAAGUGUUGCAGUUUGUCUAGAUGGGCUUAGGCUUCUUUCUGAGAUGCACCGUUCAGAGUAUGAUUAACUUGAAAUUAUAUAAAACUUAUGUUGCUUUCUCCUGUGGUGUUGAAUUAGCGUGAUCUUUUGUUGGCAUGGAUGGCGUUCUAUUUCUUAGUAUGUCUCUGGAAUGUGCUGGUAACAACUUUUGCUGUUAGUGAAAAUGGAAUUUCAAAUGCUUGUUCAUGCAAGCUAGUUCCUGGGAAAAAUAAUAAUUGAAGUACUUUUGAAUACAUAUACAUUGUAAAGUAUCUGGUUUAAUAUUUCAUCGGGAUUGCCUUUAUUCAGUAUUCAAUAUUUCGUCGGGAAUACAUUUUUUUCUUUUCAUAUUGUUGGCAUUGCUGCAUAUUGUUACUUUCUUGCUGACUGUAAAGUUUUGGUAUUUAGAUAAUGUAUAUCUAUGUGGUGGUUCCUUUCAGGUACCAUCUUAAAGUAUCGGUGGUGGCAGCUCUUGGAAAAGUUGCCUUAAAUUUAUGGUAUGUAAUGCCAGAUGUUCUUCUCUUAUCUCAGCCAUUGUCCCCCUCGGCUCCUCCCCUUCUCCUUUUUUUCUUCUUAAUAUGAGCUUUUUCAGGAAUGACAUGGCCAGAGACUAUGUUAUGCAUUCUUUAAGUUUUAAUUUUGCCAAUGUUAGGAAAAAGAGUCUUUAUUAUUAUUGUUUAAUCUAAGAAAGAUAUCAUAGAUGUUGCUUUUUGGAGAUUAAAGAAUUUAACCUUGGAAGUUAAAUGAUGAAAAUGGUGAGACUUUGAUGUUUAGUUAUUGGUCUUAUGGUUAAAUGAGCUUCAUUUCAGUAUAAUGUGGUGUAUAACAUAUAGUGGAUUCCCUUUACUAUUUAAAUCCAGUGGGCAAAAAAUAAAUCACUUUUGUCAGUCAUUGAACUAUCAGGUUCUGUCUGUAUUUGUGUUUCAAGUCAUUAGCAAUGACUACUUAAAGAAUGCAUUGCGCAUUGCUUAUUUCUUGUCGCACUAGAAGCAAAAGGAAAAAGAAGCCAAUGAUUCCACUUUUCAAGAUACUUGUAAAGUAUGUGGUCAUUGCCUUUGAUGACUACAAAUUAUUUGGUCCAGAAGUUGGUUAUUCUGUUCUUCUCGAUUGAGUAUUAAUGUCAGUUCAUCCCUAGUGGUGCCUGUAUUUGAAAUUGUCAGCUGUCAAUUUAUAUGUCUUUCUUUUCUUAUUGUAUUUAAUUAGAUGUUUUCUCUUAACUCCAUUGACAGUUAUGUCACAGUUGUUUCUACACAGAAAUUCUGCUGGUCUCUCUUUUGUGUUUACGUAGUGAAUAUGCUGGAAUUGCAGUGAUAUUGAUGAUUUAGGAGCCCUUCCGCAAUUGCUAGUCGACCAACCGAACAUUCCUAGAGAAGAAGGUUACCAUUACUUUUUCCUUUACUUUUGAAGUCAAAGGAUAAAAUUCAAUCAAAAGUAUCCAGUUAUCAAUCUAAUAAUCGCCAAGCUUUCAUUAGCAGCUCACAUAAUCUUUGUACCGUGUACUGAUGUUCUCACAUAUUAUUUCUCGUCCCUCUACUUCUGAACCCUGAUCAUACAUUCUUUUCACUUGUGUCAUUUAUUUUCCUAAUUUGAUUGGUCAUCAGCCUAUUCUGAUAGUUUCUCUAUGUAGUGCAAGGUAUAUAUGAUGUUAUAUUUGCUGAGGAGAUCUGUUGAUGGUUUCUCUACGGUUGACCUGAAGAGCAUGAGGAGAAAUCUUCGUAGCAUGAGAGAUAAAGAAAUCUCUUUGGACUUUAGAGGGUUUAUAGUUGGUUUGUGGAGGUUAAAGCUGUAAAACAAAACAAGUCAUUGCAUAUCAAGUGUGUCUCCUGGUUUCUGGUAAAAUCUCUAUUUUUGGAUAAAACCACAAAUCUGGUGGAAUGCGAGUAGCUGGAGUCUGGAGAAUCACAUCUUACAUGUUAAAAUAUUGAUGUCUGGAUGCAGCAGUAAGAUGGCGGCCUGGCUGCCAUGACUACUACAUUUCCGUUUCGUACUGAAUUAAAUUAACGAGAAGAGAAACCCAAUGACAAAUAUGGUGAUCAUCAUUCGUAAGCUGUCUUUAAAACAAUAAAAUCACAACUGUCGCUGUCAGUCGGGGGAACCAAACCCCGGAGCUGGAGCUAGUGAUAAUGACAGUUCCAAUUCCCUAUUCUAAAACAAAACCAUAACAAUCCCUAAAUCAAAUUUAAUCCUUCAACUCCGGUUCUGUUUUACGUGGUGGGAUGAGGAUAGGCCAACAGGGAAACUUCACAAUUAACCAAUCUUCAUGCUCGGGUGAGUUUGAGCACCGAUUAUGUAAUUGCACCCUCUUGGUUUCAAGGUUAAACGACCUCAAUUCCUUAUAUCUCCCCCACUCUAGAUACAUAACAGAUUCAUCCAAUGGAUGGAAUGACACAAUUCUAACAUGCGUCUCAAAAUCAUUGUAGACAUGCGCCUCAAAAUCCUCGUACGGUGACUUAGGAGCUACAAAAUCAUUAACGUUGAUUUUAUGCUGAAGAUGCCAACCGUUGUUUUCCUUGAGUUCCCAUAUCUUAAAAC